AUGAAGCUCCUUUUCUUUGUUACCGCAUAUCCUUACGCUGCUUCGCGACUGCAGUCACUGCUUCAAAACUUGGCGCUUGAAGAUCCCCGUCCACACCACUUCUUUCCUGCGUCCAGUCUUCAUAUAAGUCACCCGUUGCCAUUUGUGGCUAUUCCGUUUCUUUCCUGUGUUCUUUCUUCUUUUCCCCAAUCUAAAAUGGCUGUGCUUCAUUUAUAUCGCGUGCCUCACACUCGUCAUCCAUUCAUAUCUAUCUAUCUAUAUAUCUCAGCCGAUUCAUAUGUAUCUGUUUAUCUAUUACAGUCUCUUCACAUCUAUCUAUCUAUCUAUCUAUCUAUCUAUCUAUCUAUCUAUCUAUGUGAUUCUGUUCAUUAUCUAUCUAUCUAUCUAUCUAUCUAUCUAUCUAUCUAUCUAUCUCAGCCUGUUCGUAUCUAUCUAUCUAUCUCAAUAUAUUCAUAUAUAUUACUCUAUACCAUUUGA